AUGGUCCAAGGUGGAGCACCACAAGCCGUCCCAAGCGGUAACAGGAGGGACUUCAACAAGCUGUUUUCGCUGCUCUUUGUGAUUUUUGCUUUGGUGUGCAUUUUCCAGCCCGUUUCCGCCGAAAGCACUGAAAGCGAAAGCAUCCGAGCCAACUGCGGACGCUAUCCAAAGGCCCAGUACGAUGUCGUCAUUUACGGUUGUACCACUGCUGGUAUCGUUGCGGGCAUUCAAGUGCAUCGUAUGAACCGAACUUUUGCGCUCGUUUGCCCAGAGAGCCACUUGGGUGGAAUGACUACCUCUGGUCUCGGCUGGACUGACUCGAAGCAUGGCAAAUCCAUCGGAGGCAUUGCAAGGGAAUUUUAUGGAAAGAUUUAUUCCUACUACCAGUCCAACAGCGCUUGGAACAGAGAGACAAGACAGCACUACAAAGAUCGCAAAAUCACGGCUCAGCCCGGCCCGGCAAUUGACGAACAGGGCAAGGUGCAAUGGACAUUCGAGCCGCAUGUUGCGGAGAGAAUUCUGGAGGACUGGAUGAAGGCUGGGAAAAUCGAGAUUCAUCGCGACGACCCCAUAAAUCGUUCCAAGGGUAGCGUCACUCUAAAGAACAACCAGAUCGCCUCCUUUUCAACAAAAUCCGGAAAAACAUGGACAGGGUCAAUUUUCAUCGAUGCUAGCUACGAAGGCGACUUGAUGGCUGCUGCAGGGAUCCCCUUCCGAAUUGGAAGUGAAGGUCAGAGUGACUUCGGAGAGUCGCUCGCUGGCAUCCAAAUUCAAGAAAAGUCGUCAUACUGGAAGUUGGAUCCGUACGUCAAAAAAGGUGACCCAAACAGCGGACUACUGCGGGGAAUUGAGCGUGUCAUACCGGCCAGCCACAAGAAGAAUGGUGCCUCAGAUGUCGGUCGUCUACAACCGUUCAAUUAUCGUCUCAGCCUCACGCAGCAGAAAGACAACCAAGUCCGAUUCUUCAAACCGGAAGGAUACGAUGAAAAAGACCACGAGCUGCUUCUUCGCUUUAUCGAAGCUAGUACUCAUACGGACUUUUUCACGCAGCAACUGAUGCCCAAUCUCAAGACGGACUCAAACUCUAAAGACGCCGUGAGCACAGACUUAAUGGGCGGGAACUACAACCACGAACAGGGUACCACGUAUCUAGACGUAUCUGACGCAGAACGCACUGCAAUAGUGCACAAGCACAAGGUCUACACCCAGGGCUUCUUUUGGACGCUGGCAAACCACCCCCGGGUGCCAAAGUCGAUCCGUGAUUCCGUGGGGCGGUUUGGAUAUGCCAAGGACGAAUGGGUGAGUAACAACAACUGGCCAUAUGAGCUGUACGUCCGCGAAGGAAGGCGCAUGAAGGCUGCGUACAUCAUGAAGCAAAGCGAUGUUCAGAGUCCCAAGAAGUUGGAUGACACCAUCGUCGGCCUUGGCUCUUACACGCUCGACGUGCAUGAGAUGGAGCGACUGGUCAUUGACAACCAAGUCUACAAUGAAGGACUCGUUCACACGCCGAUUGCCAAACCCUUUCCUAUCUGGUAUAACAGCCUUGUUCCAGAGAAGGGUGGAAUAAGCAAUUUUGUCAACCCAAUUACCAUGGGCAGCACACAUGUUGCCUUCGCGAGUCUGAGGAUGGAGCCGACUUACAUGAUCAUGGCGCAAAGCGGAGCGACCGCCGCUGUGCAUGCGCUGGAGCAGUGCGUCGCCGUGCAGGAUGUUGACCGCAAAAGAUUGAGUGCGAAACUGAAUCAGGAUCACCAAAUACUUAGCUAG